AUGCCCCUCGCCCCGCUGCGCGCGCCGCCGGCGUUUGCCGCGCCGGAAGAGCACGCAGAGAUGCAGGCGUCGACGCCUGCCUCGUUUGAGAAAAUCCCGCCGGCGCUCAUUGCCGAGCUGUCGGACGUUGUGGUCAAACUACAGCCCGUGCCACAAGUGCUGUGCGACGGCGAGGCACCCGACAGCCUCGUCCUCGCCGGGCGCGUGUGGGUGACGGAGGAGAGUCUCUCGUUCCUGCCAAACGCGUCCGAGUAUGCAGGAUUCCAGGUGUCUUACCCCCUGAUUGCGCUGCACGCAGUGUCGCGCUCUGUGCCCGAGGACGUCGCGACGAGCGUGCCGAAUGGCGACGCGUACCACGCGGACGCGUGCAUCUACUGCCAGCUCGACGACCACCCGGAGCAGGACGACGAGGAGGACGAAGAGAACGUAUGCGAGCUGUGGCUUGUAGUGCGCGAUGCCGAGACACUCGACAAGCUCUUUGAGUCGCUCUCAUACUGUGCCGCGCUCCAUCCUUCGCUGGGCGCACAGGAUGGCGAUGAUUCCGGCAACCCAUUUGCAGGCAUCGCGCCGUUUGGAUCGGGAUCGGACAAGGACACGGGAAGGAAACGCAAGGCCCCCGUGCCGUCCAACACGCUGAUGUUUGCAAAUCUGCCUCCGGCCUUUUUUACGUCCGAGGCGCUCGAGACGCAGCUGCAAGAGCUGCUGUAUACCUAUGGCCCCGUGGUAGACUGGACACCGCUGCCUGCGUUCGGGCGGGGCAUUGCCGUGUUUGAGCGUGCGGACGACGCGGCGCGCGUAAAGCGCGCGCUCGACCGCCUGCUCCUCUUGUACGAGGACGGAAGUGAGCACGUCCACACGGGUGAUACACCGGCGAGUGGAAACGACGACGUGUUGCGUGUGUACUUCUGCGUAGACACGCCGCUGAUCCUCUUGCCGGACGGCGAGUACGUGAUUGCGCGCUCGGUCGAUGCAUACAAGCAGUACCUCGAACCGCCCGAGCCCGAGCGCGAGUUCCUCAUCAGUCCCCCAGGCUCGCCGCCGGUGGGCUGGGAGCCGCGCUUGGAGGACGGGCCGAACAAGGAGACGCUCGCGCAGGACCUCAUCGAGGCGCUGCACAAGCUGAACCAGGCGCCCGAGGCGGAGCCGGAGCACCUCGCCGCGGGCGAGCAUGUGAUCCUCUCUCCAAGCACCAAGGCGAGCGGCGCGCCGGGCGUGACGGUGCACGCGACCGACUCGCAUGCGCCGACCUCUGCGCCACCCGCGCCGAUCUCGUCGGUGAAGGCCACAGCCGAUAGCCUGCUGGGCACUGCGCGGCCGGCAAUGCAGCCGACGGCGCGCCCGCCUAUGUAG